GUUUCCAACCUGCACCAUUUUAGUGGCACUAGAAUCAACCAACCGUGUGGCGCACAACAGAGCAUCUUCCCACUUGCUUUCUGCCUUCCUGAUUUUCCCGACUACCAAACACCAUUCAUCUCAAAAACUUCCGACAAAGGAAAAUAGGACAGAAAGUACGAAUUUCAGAGAGCCAUGAAUUUUCACUCGUCUUCACCAACAAAUCGGUUCUUGAGGCAACUCAAACAACCCAACUCGGAUUCGAACCCGCUCGAGUUAGACGAGUCCGACGUGGUCUGGUCACCCGAUUCCGCAGGCCCAAACUCGCCGUCGCCGUCGCCGUCGACGGACUCCAGCCCUCCGUCCAGUCUCCGGCUCAAGUUCCAGCCGGCGAGAUUGGGCCUGUCUUCGGUCUUGUCUGACGACCGCCCGACCCUUCUCCGACGCCAAUCCGGCCUAGAUCCCUCAUUCUCCGCCACAUCCGCCGCCAGGACGAUCCCGCCAGUGCCGAUUCCGCGGUCCGGAUCGAGCUCUGGCGAUUCCACCGGCUCUGGCUCGGGCAAGUUCCUCAUGUCGGCUCCGGUCAAUGUUCCGGCAUGGCCUAGCAACGGCGUACGGCGGAGACGCUCCGAUCUGGACGAUUCCGACGAUCUCGAGGAUGAUACGAAGGGGGAGAUGCUUCCGCCGCAUGAGAUCGUGGCGAGGUCUCAUGUCAUGACGUUUUCGGUGGUCGAGGGCGUCGGAAGAACGCUGAAAGGAAGAGAUUUGAGGAGAGUUCGAAACGCAGUUUUCCAGAAGACAGGUUUCAUCGAUUAAACCCCCAAAAAAAACACCCCCCAAAAAUGGAAACUGAAGAAAAGGAAUUUGAGAGCUUUUGUGUGUUUUCUAAGUCAAUCCAUUUGCAUUUUGUAGUUGAAGUGUCAAAAAUUUCUACUAAUUUUUCCCUCAAUUUUGCUUGAAUAUGCUGUCAUCUUAGAUUACAAUACUGCAAUUUUCUCAGAUUUGAUCAAAAAGGAGGGUUUUUUUUUCCCUGUA